AACCGUUUUUUGGGUUCGGCGUGGCCGCUUUUCGAUAAAGCUAGCGAUUGACGAGGCAACAACCGCAAACAGUGACAGCAAAGGGCGAAAGAAAAGAAAUUUCCUUGUCUCAUGUAAAGUGAACUGUACUGAAUUAAUUUAAACAUAACCCAUAGACGGAUAAAAUGUCUAUUUCAGUAGGGGUUGUGAAAAUUGCUGAAGAUGCGGAUUUUAAACACUUCAAGGAAAUGUGUGAAUCAACCGAAGGAUGGAGACUAGAAGUCAACAAACAUAAGACGAUGGUUUGGACCAAAGUCAAUGAUUUGUCAAGCUUCAACAUGGUUAAGGUCAGAACGGUAUUUGAUGAUGUUUCUGCUGCAACAUUGUAUGAUGUCAUCCAUGAUCCUGUUUACCGAAAGACUUGGGACAACUCCAUGGUGGAGGGCUGUGAGCUUUGUGUCAUCAAUCCCAACAAUGAUAUUGGAUAUUAUGCAAUCAAAGCACCUCCUCCAUUGAAAAACAGAGAUUUUGUCACACAGAGAUCAUGGCUAGACACAGGAGAUGAAAAAAUCAUCUUUAACCACUCUGUCAACCAUGUAAAGCGAUUGCCCAAAAAAGGUGUCAUUAGAGGAGUGUCUUUUCUGACUGGGUACUACAUCCGUCGCAUCAAUGACAAGUCUUGUCAGUUAACCUAUGUUUCACAGUCAGAUCCUAAAGGCAGUCUACCUGCUUGGGCAAUUAACAAGCUAACCAAAAUUUUGGCACCAAAAGUUAUCUCCCGGAUCCAUAAAGCUUCACAAAAGUACCCAUCUUGGAAGAGCAAGAACCGCCCAGAAUACAAGCCCUGGCUGAACCCUGAGCAAAUGAAGAAUGACCUUCCACCUUUUAAUCCAGCUGAUGUUAGGCCUAUGACAUCUUCAGCCUCCAUGGAAUCUCUUGAGGAUGGUGACGUAUGUGAAGAAGAUAUUAAGGAUGACGAUUUAUGAAAUAUUUCCCUAGUGCUGCGCUGUUAACUUAUGUUGAAUUCCACACCUACAGAAAUGUGAGGAUGCGAGAGUGAGCUAAUUAUGUGGACUGAAGAGAAAGUGUGCUUUUAUUUGUCAAAUUUUCUUUUAACGAUGUUUUUAGGAAGGAGGUUAACAAAGUAUUUAUUGUCCGUUGUUACUGGGAAAGACAAUACAUAAUUAAAAACUAACUAAAUUAAACUAAAAACUUUUUGUUAAUUUCUUAAAGAAAGGUUAACACAUUUUUGGUAAAAGCCACUAUAUUUUAAUGCUAAAUCCUAUAGAAGAUACUUUAUUGCCUUGUUAUCUCUAGUGUACAGAAGUCAGUUCCCCCACUUCCAUAAAGAUAGAAUUUCAGGAAAAUAGUGAAUGCUGUUUGAUGUUAUUCUUUACAGAACUGGGAUUUCUAUGUGAUAAAGACACAAAGUGUUUUUGUUCCUUGUGUUGGUAUGAUCAUAUUGUAUGAGAUUUUCUUUGAAAGAGUUCUUGGUAUCAGAUGAUGAAUCCAUGAUUGUGGUACCAUUUCAGUGUUGGUUGCAAGACUCUGCCCUUGACCCCCUCCCCCCAAAAACAAAACAAAAAAAUCCAUGAGGUUUUCAUUUUUGAUGAUAGGGUUGUUAAUAGCUUAGACAGUGAGUGUUUCAGUUUUGGAGCAAGAAGACUGUCAGCCUGAAAGUUUGGUCCUCAUUUUCCUUUGUCAAGAUUCAACAGAUCAUUAGGUUGUUGGUGCACUAGAGGCUGCAGGUUGUUCUGUAGAGUGUGAACUUUGAGGUAGACCCUGAAAUGAUUUAGUCAAAGUACAGUAUGAUAAUACAAAAUAUUUCAGUGAUGAGCUAGUGAAGCAGGUAGGAGUCAGUCCUGCUGCAUCAGCUGGUGUGGAUGGAGGUGUUAGAAGAGAUUCUGAUGAAUUUUAACGUAUGUAAAUGUUAACCAAAGUCAGAUAUGAAAUUCCGUGCAGAGUUACUGGCAUGUUAUUGGAGCAUAUCACACUAGCUGGUUGUUACAAAAAUCUGUUGUUGAAAUGAAGAUUUUCUGGCAAAACACGUGAAUUGACCUUAGAGCCACAUUAUGGUUCAGUACAGGCAGCAGUGUAAGCUAGAACAUUUACCACAUGCUAGACUGGUGGCGCCACUAUAACAAGCCUACUUUUGUGACACUGGAGAAAGUGAGAUUUUGAUGGCUUUCUGAAAGGCAUGGCUAUUUAGAGAAAUAAUUAUUUUAAAGCCCACCGUACAAGCAGUGGAUUUGAAAGAACUUAAGUGCUGAGUUUGUUUUCAAAUGGAAAAACAUUUAUGAAAUAUGCAUGUGUCAGGGGGUAGAAGUUUUAAAGUAAAGUUUAACUCUUCUGAUUCAAGAAAAGCAGUUAAGCAGAUUAUUAUUUAUGGGUAGUUGGUGAAAGAUACAAGUAAUACUUGAUGUAUGUGUGAACAUCAAGUGAAAGGGGCACCAGUGUCGAGCAAAUCAAGUAGCAUCAGCAUUAGAACUGGUGUGCUUUUAAAUCAUACAUUCACAAAGUACAGCUGACAUAACCUUGCUUAAGUCCUCUUCUAUUUUGGGGGUACCUUGUUCAAUGGUUAGAGGGAGGAUCGUCUAGAUCAUAUGUAUUGCUUCAGUCUAAAACUAUCAAAAAUGUAAUAAUUGAUCUCAGCUGACUGUGAGGGAAAAUGUUACAUCAAACUGUAGAAAAACCAAGUUAACAGGAAGCAUUUUAACUGUAGUCUUCUUUAAUAUUAUUUUAUUUAUUAUAAUAUUAUCUGACUUAUUUGUAACAUAAUUUUUUAAACUGGCAAGUACGAACAAUACAUAUCUAUAGGGUCGGAAUGGUGUCUGCAUGCAUAUUUGUAUAUAUGAAUAUGUAUUGUUGUGCAUGUUUAUAUGUAUGUAAGUGAGUAAACAACAGAGAAGAGAGAAUAGGAGAAGUGUUGGAAUGAAAAAGAAAACAUUUUCAUCUUCGAAUUGCAAAGAUUGAUUUUUAAAAAUUGCUUUUAAUGUGUGCAGAAAACGUAGUUUUGUUGAAAACAUUGUAGUAUCUGCAUACACAUGGGACCAGGUACAAACUAGCAUGCCUAGAAAUUGUAAACAAGAGGAAAAGGCAGUAUUAAGAAAUCUAGAUUUAACAAACAAUCACACACGUGAAACGCACAUCUGCAACACAUAUGCAUGCAUGUGUAGUACUGCCUACUUCUCACAGUCUUCCUCUUAAAGGCCUUUACUAUUUGUUAAAGUUGUAUAAACAUGCAUAAAUGACCAUUUACUUGUCGAUGUGAUCUUUCUAAUGUGUUUUUGCUUUCUUUUUAGAUUAGUCUGAUUUCCGAAUAUUUUCCUCUUUUUUUCUUUGGUAGAAUUUGUGUGUGUGUGUUUUUUUUUUAAAGACUGGUACUUAUAUAUUUAUUGUGCUUAGGCUGAUUGUAUCAUUAACUUUUAUCCUGUAUCACUGGCUUUAGGGAUUUUCCAUGGACUUAAGGUCUCAUUAAUCCAACUCAUUUUCUUGUUCAUGACUAGUAUUGUCUCAUGCAGUUUUGCUUGCUUUAUGCACCUGCUUUCUUUUUGUGAUUAUUUGAACUGAAGUGGGUUGGAUAGGAUGAGUGUAGCACUUGAGGUUCUCUUGUCUCUUUCCCCUUCUCCUAAGAAAAUAAUCUGCCCUAAUAUGUUAAGAAAUUAGUAGCCAGCAAUACAGCUUGAAUAAAGUGGAACACAGAAGCAUUUCUCAUGACUGGUUUGCUUGGUUUUGUAAAGAAGCUUAAAUGUUUCCAAAGUUGCAUUUAAUAUUUUAAUUUUGCAUUGUGCAGGGUAGUUGUAAUGAAGGAUCAAUUUCUUGUAUGAAGCAUAGAUCAUUUGACUUUUUCGUUGAGGUCAGUGUUUCUAAUUUAAAAAAAAAAGUUUUUUAUUGUGUUGCUUUUUGUAAGAUUUUUGAUUUUUUUAAUGUAUGACUUCUAUAUUUGUUGAUAAGAAAAACACUUAUAGGAGCUUGAACAGUAGGAAAGUUGUCAGCUUAUUUUAUUGCAGUCAUUAUUCCCUUUUAAUUGUUUUGUUUGCUUAUAAAUAUAAUCAGAUGAUCUCAAAAUUCAAAAUAAUAGACAAUACUUUUUUAUGAAGUGUAAAAAAUAUCCCAUGAGACCCUUUAUCAACCAUCUGACCCAGAUAAUGUUUCUUCUGAAAUCACGGCUGGUUUUGUGCAAGCAGUGCAGCUACCUGUAAACUGUCAUUUUACAGCCCUUUCUUAUUUGGAUUGUAAAGCACCUUGAGUCUGGCAGAUGCUGGAGAAAGAUGCUAUACAAAUAUACUCAUUAUUAUUUUUUUUCCUCGACUCCAUCUCUUCAUUAUAUCUGAACGUAGAGAGCAAUAUAAGUACACAACAUCAGAAGCAUAAUUGUAUGGAAUCGAAGAGUUUUACAAGGAUUUUGGCUUUCUAAUCUCUUACGUUUGAGUAAUCAGUUAAUGGAAAUAUUAUUUCAGAUCAGCAAAGGUAAUGUGCUUGUGCAUUGUGAGAAGUAUGGAGAAUGGAUACACUAUGGGUUUUGGGUCUUUCUGUUGUAAGGAUAGGGUCCUGUUUCCUGAGCAAGCCAGAAACAUUGUACCUUAAGUAUUGUGACUGAUGUCUUGGUUGGUCUUAGUGCUGACGAAGCUUAAGUGUGUUUCCAUUGAUUUAUUGAAGUGCAACAAAGCAUUAGUGGACAUGUUCAUCAUCUCAUCAUGCAGGUGAAGCAGGCCGACUGUUCUGAAGUAAAAGAGAAUGGCUGUAAAGUAACCACAGGAAAGAUCACUAUAGGAGUUUCCAUUGUAACUUUAGGAGCCUGUUGGCAAUGCAUGUUUUUGAGUACUAUUAUUUUAUUGUGAUUUGUGUGCACUUUAAUGUAAUUUGUAUCAAGAUGUUGAACUGUAAUAGAUUGCAGAUGGGAAGGUGCCAAUGUGCCUGUUGUGCCACAAAACCGGACAGUGGUUUUCAUGUGAUAACUUUUUAUGAGAGAUUUUGGUGGGGUUAUUUGUUGUGGUUUUGUUACACCGUAGUAUGUGCCUAGAUCUUAUAAAAGUUUACAAGCAUCAGUUUGACUACAUAUAAUGCAAGUUACUUUACGAGAGUUCUCUUACAAAAAUCUUACAAUUUGAAGUGAAACAUUAUUGUGAUAGGCGACCUACACAAAGCCUACUGUAGUUGUGAAUGCCAUUUAUGUCUGUAGUUGUGGCACUUAGCAUCUACAAUAGUUAUCUUUGACACAUUCGCAGCAUAAAUCAUCAUUGUAAUCACUUUUAUUAUUGUCAUCUUUCUAGAGGUAAAGAAUAGAGCUUGUUAUGGAGUUUUGAUCAUUCAUUUGAGCUUAAGUUAAUUUUUUUUUACAUUCCUGAAUAUGUAUAUUUAUGGGUUUAUAUUGCAAUACUUAUUGCAAUAUUUAUAUUCAUUAAAUUUUCAUUAAUAUCAGCAAGAAGUCGAAUGUCAAAUUUUAAAACUCUUUACUAUAUUAUGUAUAAAGAUUUUUACAUUGUAGAGAAGUGAGGAUCCAAGAAUCUUCCAAUAUUGAUAAAUUUGUAUACUUUUUUCUGAUUCUUAUUGUGUUUUGGGAGCAUGUUAUCAUGUGUGUUACAUUUAAAAUGCAAUCAUAGGUGCCAAAUUCUCUGAAACAAUUUUCUUUUGGUAACUAAAUGAUUUGAAGGGAUAUUGCUAAUAAAUAAUUAGAAAAACUAUAGAUUAAUCAGAAUAAAUGAUUUUAUUCUUGACAAACCAGGUCCAUCUUCAAAAAGAUUUUGAGAGGUAACCUACAGUAUAAUAAUUCAUCUUUUUUCUUUAAAUCACUUAUUUUUUUUUUUUAUGUCAUUGUGCACAGUUAAUGCUGUGAUUGACAUCCAUAUGGUAAUUGUCUUCCACUUAUUUUUGUGCUUUUCACUUGCAGGAUGUAUGUAAAAUAUUACCUUACCUAUAUAUUUCUGCUCUUAUUCUUAUUAGAGCAACCAAAUGCCAGAAUUCUGCACAAUUUGAGAGGGUUUUUAUUUUGGUAUCCCUAUAAUACCAACCUCUUGCAAGAGUUCAGCACAUUAUUUUCACAGAGAUGUCUAACAUCCUGGUGCUUGUCUUAUGAAAGGUUCCAAAAUAUUGCUAAGGAUUUUUAUUCAAAGAUGGUUUGUAUAACCUUUAGAUAGGGACAUUGUGUUUUUGAACAGAGGUUUAGGAAAUAAGGUAUGCAUGGAAGAAAUUGGAUUGACACUACCCAAAACCUGUUUAACCCCACUGCAGUGAAGGUAGUGCAAUACUUCAUAUGAAUGUGAAAAUGGGUGAAUAUGUGUGUGUAAAUGUGUUCAUUGUAGCAGAGGAUAUUAAAAAUCAUUCAGCAGCUUUAGCAACAAGCAAUUAGGUUGAAAACAUCAAAACGCUUAAACAUCCUGUGCCCUUUACCCUUAGCCACAGUGUCUGUGUGAUACUAAAAAAUGAAUCCUGGCAUUCAAGUCGGAGUGCCUAAGAAGACUGCUCUGAGUCUCCUACAUGGAAUGCAAGACUAACAAUUUUUAAUGGAGUGAAGUUGCCCCAUCAUAGAGCACCAGGAACACAGUCUCACAGCAGUACAGCAACACGAGCUGGUCUGGUUUGGCCAGGUCACACAACAUGGCAUUUCAAGUCCAUCCUUCAGGGCGCCAUGGAGAAAGGUUGAUGCUGAGAAGGACUAAGAAGGAACUGGAUAGCGAAGGUGAAUGAGUGGCCUGGUAGUUCCAUGCAGGUCCUGCUCACCACAAGACUAACACAAGUGGGAAACCUUUUCGUCUGCUGCAUCUAACUGGGUCACCCAUAACGACUAGUACUGAUAUACCAGCUUAAUUUUUGGUCAGCUAGUACCAGUCAAGGGAUUAAUGACGAUGAGCCUGAUGAGUGGGUGUAGACUGGUCUCUACAAAAAGCCACUAAUGUGGAAAUAAACCCCAAAGAAACGUGGGAAAAAAAACCCCCAAAGUGACAGCAACUUUCAAAAUCCAUUCAAGUAGGGAAACUUUCUAGCUUUUAAGUGAAGCAGCAUCUGCAAGUAUUCUGAAGGCAGUAUUGAAAGAAAGGAACUGUUGUUAUUCUUUCUUUCCACCAUAAAAAUGUAGUCAAUGUAUGAGAUGCACUCCACGUUUUUACUAGUUCUUGAUGUAGAUACAUGUAGGCUGUGGUGUUACAGGACUGUUUUUCACCAUGUUAUAUGUACAAUAUCUGUUCACAGUUCUUCAAGUAUUGUAAUUGUAGAUUUUUUUCUGUGUUGAAUAGGAUCAACUAUUGGGAAAGUUUGUAGAUGAUUGUGUAUGAUCAAACCAUCUUUUCCCAAAGUUAGAUUUAGUGCUUUUAUUUGCUGAUCUGGUGGGUCUAGGAUGCAAUGUUGGUCUUAUGGUGUAUCUAAUUGAUCUUCACUGUUAUUUCCUUCUUAGUUUUAUUUUUUUUAAAUUCUGAAUUUGCCUGUGCAAUCUCCACCGACAUACUGCCCACAGAAUGUUAGCAGACUGUGCAACCUAAAUUUAACGUUUUUUUUUAGUGAUCAUGGAACCACUCAAAUCUUGAAAACGCUAUUUUGAAUUUGCUGCUUAUUUUUCCCCUCAGCUAAUAUAGUCUGAACUCAUCAACAGAUACCUGCUUCAUAACAAUGUACAUGUCUAGUUUUGCUAACAGUUAAUCUGACCUGUUGAGCCAGCUAAUGGUAUAGUUCUAAUCAGUCUACUGCCAUGGCUGCUGCUUGUGAUUGCUGAGCUUUAUAAUCUUUGUAGAGGCUGUGCCGCCUAUUUUGCUAAGUUGGCAAAAGAAAAAAAAUGUAUGAAAAUCAUGUUUAUGGCUUGCCAGUGCUUUCUCUUUUAGCUAAAUUGCAGUGACCACUUUUUGCUGUUAAUUUUAAAAGUGUUGUUUUAUGUACUUUUUCUGCUUUAAAAUCAGUAUUUUUGCGAGAUUUAUGUGAUUGCAUAUUUAAAAAAAAAUUCUUGUGAAUUUUUUUUUUGAAGACAUGCAGUGGUUUAUAUCUUUAGUGAAUAUAUUGUGGUGACAUAUUGUUUCUUUUUCAAAUUUGUCAUUCCAGGUUAGUGUCUUUUGCUCCCCAUGUUGCUUCAAUGCCAUUGUUAACUUAAACUCAGAUGGUACAGGAGUGUAGCUGCCCAAGGGGUUUCAUGUAGUCCAUACACAAUAUAGCAUAGCUGAAAAAUGCAUGAUACUGGCAUGAGGUGGUAUUGAACUUCUGAGACACAGGUUACAUAUGCUAAGAGAAAGGCACUUGCCUUUCGCUAAGAAUUCUUUACAUAAUUUCAAGAUAUACAUCAAGAAAAUUUUCUUCGAGGGGUUUUUUUUUAACAGUUUAAGUGACAAAAGCUGGUAACAGCCAGUCUAGUUAAGUGUUAGCAGUCUUCUUCUUCAUAGCAGGUUUGGUUUAUUCCAGGGCUAUAGGCAUUUUAUCCUUUGCCUUUCCAUUUUCUGUGCAGAGCUAAGUUAUUCUGUAUUAAACUCUUCAUAGAGAAGUUUUUGUAAACAUACUCUCGGCCACUUAGCUUGUCAAAACCUGGGGCUAUCUGCAGAAAGCCCCGUUUUUCAAGCAUGCUGUUUACAGAAUUCACUGCUAUGGAAGGUAGCAAGAGUAAGAGUAACGAAUAUCUACAUGACUGCUUCUGACAUCCAGCAUGGCAAAGUCAGGAGAAUUGUGAAUUGGAAAUCCAUCUUCCCCAGUAUUAACAAUUGAAAAGGACUUGGAAGUGAUUUAGUGUCAGUCAUCCCUGUAAGAUGCUUAAGUGCAACGUUGAUGCUUAUACUUUUUGAGAGAUAAAAAAAGUACUGCUCAAAACUCGAGUUUCCAGUGGUUAUCCAAGUUUCAUCCUUUAUUCUGCUUUAUUAUUUUCUUUUGGAGCUAAGAUGGUGGAUAGGGCUGAAUAUUAAUUUUGAAGUUUGGUACAUGUAUUUUUUCCUUGGUUACUCUGUCAUCUGAAAUUUAAUCAAGCUUUUUUGUUUGUAUAUCUAAAACAAAACCUGUGAUAUGCCUUUAAAUGCAUGUCUUCAGCUGAGCACAGUUCAAUUCAGGAGAAGGCAACUGCACUUUAACUGUUUUACUGGUAGUUUAAAAGCCUUGAGAUCAGGUAACACGACAGGAUUAUGAUUUUAUUCAUUAUUCACGCAUCUUUAUCUUCAGAUGCAUAAAGACUUGCAUUCUUCUUCUGCCAGUUCUGGUCAUAAAAGACUGUCAUUUCAUCUGGAUUAGAGGGAGCAUUGAUUAUUGUAAACAGGCUGGCACACUUUUUUUGUGGAGAAUCAGGCUGGAAUUAAAGGUUUUAGAUGAUUUUUCUCCCUGUGUCUUAUUGUAUGUUUUUAUGAAAAACUUGGAGAAAAAUGAGAUUAAUGCAACGAAAACCAUUUGACUUAAAUAAAGGUACACAAAAUGU